AGUGCGCCUGCGCGGAUUGUAUGCUCUGGUGUGUGUGUGUCCGCUGGUUUUGGGCAAUCAGCCGCUGCCUCUGGGCUGCAAGGCCGGCUGGGAACGAUUCAGCCGUCAGGUCCCAGAUAAGAGCCGCGAGAAAUGUAGCCCCGGGAAAGGCGCUGAGGAGGAAAGGGGGUCUGAGGCCUCGGGGGACUCAAGGCUAGUGCGGGGCACGUGUCUGACUGAGCCGGCAGUGACCUGAUGGCUGGAGACCCCCACUGCCCCGCAGAGCCCCUGGCCAGAGAAGGCACUCUUUGGGAGGCCCUCAGGGCACUCCUGCCGCACACUAAAGAAGACCUGAAGUUGGACCUCGGGGAGAAAGUGGAGAGGAGCAUGGUGACGUUGUUGCAGCGAGCCACUGAGCUCUUCUACGAGGGCAGGAGGGACGAGUGUCUGCAGACCAGCGAGGUGAUCCUGGACUACUCCUGGGAGAAGCUCAACACGGGCACGUGGCGGGACGUAGACAAAGACUGGCGCCGGGUCUACGCCAUCGGCUGCCUCCUGAAAGCCCUGUGUCUGUGCCAGGCACCUGAGGAUGCCACCACUGUGGCCACGGCCCUGCGGGUCUGUGACAUGGGCCUGCUGAUGGGGACGGCCAUCCUGGGGGACAUCCUCCUUAAAGUCGCCGCCAUCCUGCAGACACACCUCCCUGGAAAGAGGCCUGCCCACGGCUCCACCCCGGAGCAGCCCUGCAUAAAGAAAGCAAAGACGGACCGUGGUUCGAUUCCAGAUGUGAACUUAGAAAGAACAGUCCCCCGGCUGCACCGUCCGUCCCUCCAGCAUUUCAGAGAGCAGUUUUUGGUUCCAGGGAGGCCCGUGAUCCUGAAAGGCGUGGCUGACCACUGGCCGUGCAUGCAGAAGUGGAGUUUGGAGUAUAUCCAAGGGAUCGCUGGCUGCCGAACCGUCCCGGUGGAAGUUGGUUCGAGGUACACAGACGAGGAAUGGUCCCAGACACUCAUGACGGUCAACGAGUUCAUCAGCAAAUACAUCGUGAAUGAGCCGAGGGACGUCGGCUACCUUGCUCAGCACCAGCUCUUUGACCAGAUCCCGGAGUUGAAGCAGGACAUCAGCAUCCCCGACUACUGCAGCCUGGGCGAUGGGGAGGAGGAGGAGAUCACCAUCAAUGCCUGGUUUGGUCCCCAGGGAACCAUCUCCCCCCUACAUCAGGAUCCCCAGCAGAACUUCCUAGUCCAGGUGAUGGGGAGGAAGUACAUCCGGCUGUAUUCCCCACAGGAGUCGGGGGCUCUGUACCCUCAUGACACGCACCUUCUCCAUAACACGAGCCAGGUCGACGUGGAGAAUCCUGACCUCGAGAAGUUCCCCGAGUUUGCCAAGGCCCCAUUCCUGUCCUGCAUCCUGUCUCCUGGAGAGAUCCUGUUCAUACCCGUGAAAUACUGGCAUUACGUGCGGGCUCUGGAUUUGAGCUUCUCGGUCAGCUUCUGGUGGUCGUAGCCAGGCUAGGAGCUGAAAGGGCCGGACAUGCAGACAGCACUCAUCUGUUCACUGAUUUCCUGCUCUGUGCCCCACCUGGUGCUGGGUCCUGGAAUCUAGAGAGACAAGCAGGACUGAACCUGUGUCCUGAAGAGCCUUCACUGCCCAGUGGCAGCCCGGGGGGGCUGAGCUUCAGCACUGGACGGGCACAGAGCGGGGGCUGCCCAGGAAGGAGCACACUCCAGGCCGGGGGUGCAUGACAGAGGAAGGUGGGGAGAGCCCAGAAGGACCCUGCAGGCAGACAGCCUGCUUGGGGACUCUGGCAUCAGAAAGCCUAACGUGUUUGGGAAAUGGGUGGGUCACACGGGCAGAGGUGAAAUGUGGGCUCUGAGGUUGGCUACUGGACUCAGACCCGGCCGCGCUGCGUACCUGCUGCGUGACUUGGCCAGGAUCCCCCGCUUCGUUGUGCCCACGUGGAAAAGAGGGCAAGGCCAGUCCUCACUGCAGAGGGCCGAGGAGGCAGUGCCGAGCCCCUGCUGCUGCAUGAACCUUAGCCACUGCCACUGAUCCCAAUUACUCUGAUCCUUCUGCCCUUCCUUCCCUUAACUGGGCCUGCUGGACGCCACAGCCUGAAUACUGGACAGAGCUGGGCAUUGCCCAGGUCACAGGAGAGAGUCCAUAGGGGCCUGCUCAGGAGCCCAGACCCCUGCUGGGCAGUGGGAGCUUUCUGUCAUCCUCGUGGCUAAAGGAUAGCCUACCUGCCUGCAGUGAAGUGCAAAGGUCUUGCUGGAUGACUUUUCACCCGCACUCAUCCAGGAGCAGGCUCCCAAGUGAAGAAACCACUGAACUAUCACCAGCCCCUGGAAGCCUCCCUCUAGCCACCUUCUAGUCACCAUCCCCCAGAAGUAAUGACUGUCAAACCGGUGGAAGGUUUGAGGCCAGGGGGACACCCAGGCUCCGUGCUUUCUGUAGUUGUGUCUUGUGUGCACGCAGGUUUGUUUUAUGUUUUGGCUAUUAAGACUUUCCCCAGCCCUCUGUUUUUUGUUUUUUAAACUAAAUAGAGAUGGGAUCUUGCUAUGUU